UGGUAGAAAUUAGAAAAAAAUAAAUAAAUAAAAUCGGUGUUCUUUUGAUUAUGGUCGAUUGCAUGCUAUAAUAUAAUCUUGAGGACAAUUUUUAUAAGUACUUUAACGUGCGUGUUCAGAAUUUAUUUCGAACUUCUGCUCUUCAAUGAUAUUAUGAUAAUUAACAUUCUAAAAACGUUUUUCUUUAUUAUUCCUUAGCUGAAAAUCACGAAGGAUACCUUUAGUUCGUUCCAGUAUCAGUACGAACUUGGUUUGUUGUUUAUUUAUUUAAAAAUGUUCGACAAAAUAGCAGCAGUUUUGAUUCUAGCGUUUCAUCUUUGUGAGGCCUCGUACCAUUGCUCGCAAUAUCAGAAACUAAACAUUCUUCAAACUUUAGUUAAAGAACCGUUUUCGACAAACCUUUCCAGGGAAGACGUAGUGUUUUACCUAUACACCAGAGAAAAUCCUACAGAACCCGUCAAACUAAGUCCGAAAAAAUUCGCGAAUCAUUUUACAAAAGGUCCAUUUAAAAUAAUAGUUCAUGGGUGGAUCGAGCACGCAAAAAUUUAUUGGUAUAUUUCAAUGAUAAAGGCGUACUUGGAAAAGGACGAUUACAACGUUAUAGCAGUGGAUUGGUCAAAAGGCACUACUACCAAUUAUAUCUCAUCCAGUUACAAUGUCGUUCCUGUAGGAAAAUAUCUCGGACUUUUUAUAACUGAUCUGGUUAAGCAUUAUGGGGUCCGAUCGGAUGAUAUUCAUGUUAUAGGGCAUUCUCUUGGGUCUCAUAUUGCAGGAGUGGCAGGGAAGGAUGUGUACAAUAUUUUUGGGAAGAGAAUUGGGAGGAUCACGGCGCUGGAUCCUGCAAGACCAUUUUUUGAGUUACCUGUUUCUUGUGAAGAAACACGUUUGAUAGAAAGUGACGGAGACUUUGUUGAUGUUGUUCAUACUGAUGCUGGAAUUUUUGGGUUCAAGGAACCUCUGGGAAAUGUCGAUUUUUACCCUAAUGGAGGAUCAGCGUUUCAACCAGGAUGCCAAAAUAUCAGCCGGCUUUCUGACAUUUUCUGUAGUCACAAAAGAAGUCAUGCCUAUUAUAUCGAGUCAAUAAAUUCGAGUCCCGUAAUGGCUCAGGAUUGUGAUAGUUGGAAUUCCUUUCAACAGGGUCGUUGUAACAGAAAUAAACAAAUACCUUUCGGGGAAUUGGCGCCUAGUGACACAAAAGGGACCUUCUACUUUGCCACCCGUCAACAAAGUCCUUUUCUAUCUUAUAGAUGACACGGGUUUUAUUUUAAUUCUUAAUUGUACCCAUAAUUGGUUUUCUUUACAAAUAAAAACCGAUUAACACGAAACUGUACU